AUGAACGGAGUCAGGAGCCGUAAUGGCGGCUUCCCGACACUAGUUUCUUUCCUGUUUCCAUCGACUAGCUCCGCCUACUUCAGAUGACACACGCGUGUUUCAUGGUGCAGCAUGGCGUCCUCGGCAAAAAAGAGAGCAGUAGGUUUGGGUGAAAACCCAGAGGAAAGCGAGAGUUCUGAUAAGAAUCCCGAGGAUGAUGGGGAUUCCGAGGAGGAAGAGGAGGACAGCGACGCAUCAGAAGAAAUUAACGAGGAAGUCACCGUGGAUUUUGAAGCUCACACCAUGUCAAACAACGACUUCAAUGGCAUAAAAAAGCUGCUGCAGCAGUUGUUCCUGAAAGCUCAUGUAAACACAUCAGAGCUGACAGACAUGAUCAUCCAGCAGAACCACAUUGGAAGUGUCAUCAGGCAAGCUGAGGUUCCAGAAGACAGUGAUGAUGAAGAUGCAGAUGAAGUGUUCGGUUUUAUUUCUAUGCUAAACCUCACAGAGAGAAAGGGUGUGCAAUGUGUGGAGGAAGUGAAGGAGCUGAUUUUGGAGCAGUGUGAGAAGAACGCUCCUCAUGCUCUGACAGAACAGCUUGAGAAAAUCUUCAAUGACACCAAUAAGCCCGUUGGGCUUCUGCUGAGUGAGCGUUUUAUCAACGUACCCCCACAGAUCGCCCUCCCACUGCAUAAACAACUCCAGGAGGAGAUAGCUGACGCUCAGAGGACUAAUAAGCCCAGUGGGAGGUGCCACUACUGCGUGAUGAUUAGCAAGACCUGCAAAGAAGCAUCUAAGAAUAUCCAGUCCAGAGGAGGAGUUCCUAAAGAGGACUACAUGUUUGUCAAUGCUGAGGAGGAAUUUUUUUAUGAGGAAGCACUGUUGAAGUUCCAUUACUCGGUCCAGGAAGAGGCGGACUCUUGUUUGAGCGGCAGGUGGUCAUUCGACGACGUGCCCAUGAAGCCUUUCAGAACAGUGAUGCUGAUACCUGCAGACAGAAUGCCCGCCAUCAUGGACAAGCUGAAAGAAUACCUGACUGUGUGACGCAGCUCACGAGUCCAGACCACUGCAGGCUCAUGAAAACAUGGUUUCAUUUCUAUGUACAGAAUGGUUUUGACCAUAUUUGUUGCAAAUGUUUUACUAAAGCUGAACUAUUCAUGCUUUUAUUAUAGUUCCUCAGCAUCAAAAUUUACAUCAUAAUUUCACAUUUUUACAGAACUGGUUGGAAAAACUGCAAAAAAAACUUUAAGACUCAGAUACGGUUUUAUUUUCCUGUAAUAUUUUUGAUUAAAAAAACUUGUCAACGACUCUAAAUGAAUAAAAAGGCAAAGC